GGUAAUAAAAGAAGAGACAAGAAAUCAUGGUGCGUACGUCCUGGGCAUAUACCCUACGAAAGGAUGAAUUGGUGCAAUAUCUGGAAGAAUUCGAUCUAGAUGCCAGUGGUACCGUAGAAGAAAUGAGGAAGAGGUUUGCCACAUUUAUAUCCGGUGAACACAAGGAAAAGGUCCUCACCAGGCUAGAGGAGCUAGAAAACAAGCACGGCCGGUGCCAAACACCCACAACCCCAGGUAUGUCCACACAACUAGACGUGCCAACAGUGUCACAUAUGGCAACAAGAAUGGGACAGCAAUCAGCCUCAGGCCACCUGUUGUGCCCAUCACCACACAAUGAACGGAGUUCGCAAUCGGCUACGAGUCCACCUCAGCAAAGUCCACACUACUCAACCGUGAUCGACAUAGUCAGGAAAUGGUCGUUUCGCUAUGAGGGCGGAAAAGAUCCCAUUGCUUUUGUUGAGCGAGUAGAAGAACUCGCGGAGGUCUACGGUCUGGACAAAAAUAUGCUACCCCGGACAAUGCCAGAAUUGCUUAAAGAAGCGGCGCUGCUGUGGUUCAGAAACAAUAACCGUCAGUGGAACACAUGGAGAAGCUUUAAGGAUGACUUUCUGAAGUUUUUCCUGCCACCCCGAUAUUUUGAAGGGCUUGACGACGAAAUUCGCCGAAGACAGCAAAAACCACGAGAAACCUUUAAAGACUUUGUCAUCGUAUUACAAAACAUGAUGAGACACGCGGGAUACACACACGAACAGCAGGUGGAUAGAAUAUUUAGGAAUUGCCUUGUGGACUAUCAAAUGUACAUAAGAAGGAAAGAUUUUCAGUCCCUAGAAGAGCUGAUUCAGAUGGCCGAAGAUUUCGAGGUAAUACGAACACACCAUCCCGAGGUAAGUCAUGAUCACCGUGACACUCGACAGGCUCAUCGAAGAGAUGAUAGGGCUCGACAAAUUGUACCCACGGCAGAGGAGACCCCGAUUAAUCCAACGACGGCAUGCAGGAGGUGCGGUCAAGAAGGACAUGGCUACCGUUUUUGCCAAAACGAGAGUGUGUUGUUCUGCUGGCAAUGUGGCAGAAGAGGUGUGAGGACCCGUGAGUGCUGCCGAAGAAAUGCGGGAAACGCCAGAGGACCGAGCCAUCAGCAAGGGGAGGCUGCGGCCCUGAACAGACAAACCUUGCCCCAGUAA